AAGGAGCGGAACAAGAUCAAGAAGAUCAAGAUCUAGAUCCUGAAUUCAAAAGUGGAAAAGUCUGUAGAAUAUUGAAUGCGUCGUAUUGUUGUUCGUCUAUCUGCUGGAGAGUGAAUCUGAUCCUGCAAGACGUCGUUUUCCUCUCGCUCCGACGUUUGAGAAUCAAUUCAUUGGAAUUUCUUGUAAGUACAUCAUUCCCAUUCGCAGUUGCAUUUCUACGACACCAUGGCCUCCCUCAGCGAACUGCCGGCGGGCGAGGCGAAGCAGCAGCAAUCGGAAGAGCGGUCAGUCGAAGCCAGUUCGAAGAAGAACGGAAGCGCUUCCGCCAGCCCGCAAACGGAAGCGGCUGCUGGAAUUGCAAAUCGUUCCACCUCCGAGAUCUUCAUAGAGAAACGCUUCGUAGUACUUUUGCGCAAGGCUUUCUCUGGUGAAGAAAAAAAGUUUUGCGUUGACGCUGAGAAAGUGAAGUGUUUCGCGGACCUGGCCCAGUUUGUGCCACAGUUUUACACACAGGAAACCGACGAACUUUGCCCGCCGUCGUCGCGGCUGCUCUGGUUGGCAGGCGAAGACGAGCCUGCAGAAGACAGAGACAGCACAGAAAAUCAUGCGCCACUUGAAGAUGGUGAUGGAGGCGAGCAGGGCGACCCGCCGCAGCUCCCUGCCGCGUCCGAUGCUUCCGCUUUUUUCGCACACAGUGACGAACUGGUGUUCAAUGCGGACGGAGAGGCUGUCUAUCGCUUCAUGGUCAAAGUCGAGGGGCCGUCCGGCAACCUGAUGGAGGUCGAGGAAAGCAGCGACGACGAGUAUUCGGUGUCCGAACAGGAGGUACCACCGCGGCGCGUCCCACAGAAACCCGAGCAGAUCAAAAAUAUCGCCGCAGCAGAGAAUUGGUUGUAUGACAGGCUUUACCGCUACUUUUUGCUCCGCGAAGACUCGGACGAAUUCGAACAAACAUACGGGCGGGAUCCGCCGCGUGCGUAUUAUCCGGAUUGCGACGGAAUGCAACAGGACAGGCGUUCGAUUGGAGCUGUAGUCCAGGCACUUCUUCCGUUGCAGUACAGCAAUCGGCCCCACCAGAGAAAGUUCGAGUGUGUCGCUUACCCACUCUUGGCCCGUGACUUCGAAAGGCAUCUUCCGGCAUGGAGGUUGUUGGCCGCAGUGCUGAGUCUAAAUGACACAGAGUGGAUUAAGCACGGGUGGCUGCCACCUGGGGGAAUUAGUUCCGGAAAGGAGCAGCGCCAGCAGUACUGCGAAAAAAUUAUUCUCGAGCUAGCAAACUACAACCGCGAUUCGGACAUUCUGCGUCGUGUCAUUGUUCCCGCACUGGAUCAGGUGACUAACUGGGAUGGGUUUCCUUUCGCGGAGUUUGCAAAGCGGGCCAUUCCAGUACUGUUUUCUCCGAUUCGGGGCACGAGCACGGCCGCCUUGCUACUGGAGCGUGUCGGACAGUCUCGCUCCCGCUUAGAAAAAAUUUGUGCAGGCUGCAAGAGUGCUAUUCGCCAUGAAUACAAGAAAUGGAGUUUCAAGCCUUGGGAAGAAGACUUACAUCAACACCUAAAAACCUGGGUCGGGUUUUUUGUUGACAAAUUGGCGGUGGCUGGAUUCCCCGACCUUGGUCGAGAUUUGAGUGCGUUUCUGGAAACGGUGCAUGACGAUGUGAAGACAGUAAACCGGCAGGUGAGGCAAUUGCAGGAGAAGCUCACAGAGCCCGAAGGAACCCCCUCGAGUAGAUCCAUGUGGGAAGAGAAACUGCAGAGGCUGGAGGACGAAGCACAUUAAUUUGAAUCACCGAUGCGAAAACGGCAGCUAGAAGUUGUUCGAGUUUCAUAUGCGCACUAGAUAGUGCUGGUGCUCCUCUUAUUGGAGGUUUUUUUGUUUUGCGUUGCCUCGAGUGACCGUAUAACUUUUGCUAUUGUUCCGUGGUCUUGGAUCGAUAUUGCGC